AUGUCGCUUGUCAUGUUCUCUAAACCGAUGGGGCGAGUCCUCAUCGGCGUCAUCUCGUUAGUCGUCAUUCUGGCUUUACUGUUCCACGAGGAUGCACAUCGCUCCUUCGAUGAUGUCCUGGACGGGAGAGUGCCGGACGUCAAGUCGUGGUCACCGAAACUCCCCAAACUACCAUCAUGGUCACAGCCACAGGAAGACCACACCUCAUUCACAAGCAGCCCUUUCGGGUUCAUGCCCGACGGGCCCGAGCUCGAUGCCAUGUGUACCCGCUAUCGCUGGGAGACAUAUCCUCACCGCUACCAACGGCGCAAGAUCUACGACUUGGUUCUCCUGAACGACGAGUUGGACUCUCUAGCAUUGCGCAUGGGACAGAUGCACGAUGUGGAUUACUUUGUUGUGGUGGAAAGCGACCUCACUUUCUCGGACCAUCAAAAGCCUCUGCACGUCCUGGACAAUUGGGCCAUGUUUAACGAAAACCACCACAAGAUGAUCAGAGUCACCCUCAACAUGACGGGCCAGACAUUCGGCGAUGCCUGGGCACGCGAAACCUUCUCGCGCAACGCUAUGUUCGACCAAGUCUUCCCAAAUCUGCAGAACGAGCAAGCACCAAACAACGGAGACGUUAUCAUCGUGGGCGAUGUCGAUGAGCUCGUGAGACCAGAAAUCCUAAUCGCGAUGCGCAACUGCCAGAUCACAGAGCGUGUGAAGCUAUGGACCAGAUUCUACUACUACAGCUUCCAAUGGCUACACCCUGAAGGGCACGCAGAAUGGGGCCACCCUGACGCAACAUUCUUCCAAGGCUUGAACGACACAAUCCUGCCCCAGAGCCUCAGAACCGGCGGCGCAACGACGGACAUAUACAGUGCCGGAUGGCACUGCAGCUAUUGCUUCGGAGAUCUCCAAGCCAUCGUCAACAAGGUCAAAAGCUUCAGUCAUCAGGAGAUGAACACGCCUGACUUUACAGAUCCAUCGAAGAUUCUGCAACGGGUCAGGAACGGGGUUGACCUUUUCAACAGAGGCAAUCUAUACCGCAUUGACAAGAACUUGGAUGUUCCUGAUUUCGUGACGAGGAAUAUUGAUAGGUUUGGGUGGAUUUUGAACAGGGAUGGUGAGGAUGGGGGGUUCCGUGAUACUUGGGACCUGAUUUCACGGGAGCAGUCGAACGGUCCGGGAUCGGUGGGAGCGACGACAGGUUAA